AUGCGCGAUAGCAGGUCGGUUGGCAGGGCGAGGAGCUGCGCCGGCUGCUGCGGCGAUGGCAAGGCGGUGAGCGCGUUCCUCGGCAUUGGCUCCCACGGUAGCAGAUCCGUUGGCAGGGCGAGGAGCUGCACCGGCUGCAGCGGCGAUGGCAAGGCGGCGAGCGCGUUCCUCGGCAGUGGAAAGCAGCGGGCGCUCCUGUCAGGGAUCGUCAGGGCGUCGGCUUUUCUUGGGUCGAUCCUGGGCGUGCCGGGCUGA